AUGGGUAAUAUUUGCACGUGCGGCGAAGAUGAAGCAAUCCCAAGAGUUCUUAUGCUAGGUCUGAAAUGCGCUGGAAAAACUACUAUCCUGAACAAACUAAAAGGCGACCAAUCAAUUCGUUCGUUCCAAGUUCAGGAUUUCAAUACGCAAACAAUUAAAUGGGAAGACUUCGAUUUGGUAACAUGGGAUUUAGGCGUCGCAGAAAAACAGAGACCUUUAUGGAGACAUUACUUUGAUGGCUCUUGUGCCGUAGUAUUUGUUGUUGACUGCUCGGAUAGAGAGAAAUUCCAGUUGGCUAAGUCAGAAAUACAUAAGGUUGCAGCAGAACCUGAGUUAGAAAAUUGCCCAAUUUUAUUUAUUGCCAAUAAACAAGAUAUCCCCGGAUCAGCAAACACAGAAGAGUUAGAAAAGCUCAUCGAUGCAGGUGGCACAAAACAUUUAACAUAUACUGUGAUGCCAUGCGUAGCAACUUCAAAUUUAGGAAUUGAAGAUGCUUUCAAACGGCUCCUUGGCAGAAUUAGUGUAUAA